GUAAUCAGUACUCAGUGUCUAGCAGUCCACCACGUGUGUUGUGUUGUUCGUUCACCCACAAAAAAUUGUAGAUCUUUAUAAAUUGUUGUCAACGUUAUAUGAACAAUUGAAGACGGGAAGGAUUUGCCCUCUGAGUCGUGGUGCUAUGUGGAGGCGUGCUAUGCUGCACGGCAGUAUCCUGCGGCGUCUGCCGAUAAGGAGCGCCAGUUUUCUUCCGGCAUCUCAUUCUACCUUCACCACCUUUAUGGCUCAGGCCAAAGAAAAUCAAGGAGGUGCAAAUGAGGGAGGUGUCGGAAACCUACCAAGCGAGGCUGAUGUGGUGGUGGUGGGAGGAGGAGUGCUGGGCUGCAGCUGCCUUUACCAUCUGGCCAAACUGGGUGCCACCAACACCAUCCUGCUGGAGGCUCACGAGUUGACGGCAGGAACAACAUGGCACACUGCGGGAUUGAUGUCCACUCUGGGGAGAAGCGAGAGGGACUACAUUUUUCGGAGUACAACACUCAACAUGCUUCGUCGCCUGGAGGAGGAAACGGGCGUCAGUCCUGGGUUGAUAGAAAACGGUGCAGUUCUUAUUUCUUCAACUAAGAAGGGCCAGGCUGUGAGGAAGAAUGACCUGGAGCGAUUGGUGACGUUCAUGCGUGUGUUGGGAUGUGAUUGUGAACUGAUUACUCCUUCGGACCUCAAGGACAUCUAUCCACUGGUGGAGACGAGCGAUAUCAACUGCGUGAUAUACAAUCGAGAGGGAGGACAGAUGGAUCCAGCGGGAACCUGUGAGGGCCUGACAAGAUGGGCGAUGAAGCAAGGUGCACGUGUGGUAAAGCAGUGUCCUGUCACUGACAUUAGGACGACAGAGACGCUGCUGGGGGGACGAAGAGUAUCUGAAGUGCACACUAAUCAGGGAGUUAUCAAGACCAACGCUGUGAUCAAUGCAACAGGAAGCUGGGCUAACUACAUCACAUCCAUGAUCGGGGUCACCCUUCCACUGCAGUCGUUCCGGCAUAGCUACGUGGUGACGGAGGGCAUAGAGGGCCUUCUGGGAAUGCCCGUUCUUAGAGAUUACGUGUCCUCAGUGUACGUAAAGGCGCAAGGAGACUCCGCGGUGAUCGGGUACUUCGAGCCAAACCCAGAACCCAUUGAUCAGGUCAGACGUGAUUUUCCCUUUGGACUCUACGAAAUGAACUGGGACAUGUAUGGACCACUACACGAGCAAAUCAUAAAGCGAGUCCCUGCUCUCGAAAAUGUUGGCAUAAAGUCAACGAUCGUGGGGCCUGAGUCCUUCACCCCCGAUGGUCACGCUAUUGUGGGAGAGGAUCCAAACGUGCAAGGGUUCUUUCACUGUUGUGGCUUUAAUAGUCACGGAAUGCAGUACUCAGGGGGGAGUGGAGACCAACUAGCUAAGUGGGUGGUGCGAGGUGAACCGGAGCUUGACCUCUUCGAUAUUGAUGUUCGUCGCAUCCACCCGCCACUGAUCAAGAACAAAAGCUGGGUGCUGGAUCGUUCCCAGGAAUGUUUCUCCUCCACUUACAGCAUCGUUUUUCCCCAUGAUGAGCCUCUCGCUGGCCGGGGACAAAGACUUUCUCCUCUACAUCAGGAGCUGGAGGCGGCGGGGAGUGUGUUCCAGGAGCGGAAUGGAUGGGAGCGACCGGGUUGGUUCCAUUCCAGUCCAGUGCCUGUUCUCCCGUACGACUACUUUGGUGCCUACGACCACACUCCUGCCCACGCUGACCACCCGUACUACAAUCUGAUCAGUCAAGAUUACACGUUUGACUUUCCCGUCCAUCAUGACGUGAUCCAGCAGGAAUGUGUAGCUUGCAGGGAACGGGCGGCUGUCUUUGACAUGACCUCUUUCGGCAAGUAUUAUCUGACCGGACCUGACGCCCAAAAAGCAGCCGACUGGGUGUUUUCCGCAGACAUGACACGUUCAGCGGGCUCCACGAUUUACACCUGCAUGUUGAAUGAACGAGGCGGAGUGGAAGCAGACCUCACUGUGAGUGUAUGUGAGGGCGGUGAAGGGACAGCGUGUGAUCCAACCUUCAAGGGUCGUGGGUUUUACAUUACAACCGGAGGAAGUACCGCUCGUUACUGCGCACAGCACAUCUUGAAGGAGGCAAGGAGGCACGGAUGGUUCGUGGAUCUGGAAGACCGCACAGAGGAUUUAGCUCUAAUUUCCGUGCAAGGACCACACAGUCGUGACAUCCUGCAGCAGUUAACACAUGAGGACCUUGCAGACUCUUCCUUCCCUUUCUCCUCUCACAAGACUAUUACUUUGGCCGGCCACUGUCUCCGCGCCAUGAGACUCUCUUUUGUGGGAGAGCUCGGAUGGGAGCUACACGUGCCGCGCGAUUCUGCCCUGGCUGUCUAUCGCUCGGUGAUGGAGGUCGGCAAGUCAUGGGGCGUUACCAAUGCUGGCUUCCGUGCCAUUGACUCCCUGUCCUGCGAAAAGGGUUACCGUCACUGGCAUGGCGACGUUCGUUCUGAUGACACGCCCCUUGAGGCUGGUUUGGCUUUUACCUGUAAGCUGAAUACAAGCACUAACUUCAAGGGCCGCACUGCUCUGGAGUGUCAACGAGAGGAGGGAAUCUUUAAGAAGUUAGUAACACUGACGCUACAAGACGGAUCACGGCCUCUGUGGAGCCUGGAGGCCAUUGUGCGGGACGGUGAGGUGCUGGGCUACGUCCGUCGAGCCGAAUAUGCCUUCAGCUUGGGCCGCGCCAUCGCCUAUGGUUACGUGCGGCGGCCUGAGGGUGGCUGUAUCACUAAGGAAUUCUUAAGCAGCGGCACGUGGCAGCUUGAGGUUAUGGGUAAACGACUCCCUGCGUCCCUUCAUUUGAAGCCUCCAUUUGAUCCUCAAAACCUUCGGGUGAAGGGCAUCUACUGCGGCCAAUAAACGGGGUACGGUUUGCUGAAGU